CACAGUUGGAAACAUGGCUUCCUUAGCAACCCCUCGACCUGCGGAUAAACAGUCCUCGGAAGAAGCCAGAGACUGCAUUCGUGUCCAGCUGUCCUGCACAGCCUCUUCAGGCAGCAGUGAUGCAGUGAAAGCAGCGGAGUUUCUCAGGGAAGCUGAGAAAACCAGGAGACAGAUCGAAACUUUAGAGAAACAAAGAACACUGAGUUUCCAGUGCAGAAAGAAUGGCCGGAUAGAUAUUUCUAGAGAACUGGAAGAGUUUGAGAGGGUGAUAGAGGAAAACAGGAACGCAGAGAAGAUGACCCUUCAAAAGCAGCUGUUAAAGAUUCAUCACAGUGUGAGGAAAUUUCAGGGGCAGCUGGUAGAUGUGAAAUCAACAUCUAAGUUGAUUGAACGACUGACAGAAAUAAUGUCAGAGGUGGAAAGCUCAAUCAACAACCUGAAAGAGGAGCAGCGCUCAUGCUUCGAAGCACUUCAGAAGGAAGAGACGAUUUGCAGACAGGAGGUUAAGGCUUAUGAGAAGAAGAUUGAGAACUGGAGCAUGCCUCUGAAAUCAGAACCCAAACUAGCAGCAGCUCCUACAGUUAAGACCAAACUUCUAGACAGUAACCUUCCUGCAGACGUCAGACCACUGGAGUGUUUCCUACAGAAGUCAGGUGGAGCCUGUGGUGGAUGGGACCAGUACGACCAUCAAACCUACAUUAAAAUCUGGACAAAGUACAGUGGGCAGCCAGCUUACAGGAAGGAAGCCAAGCUUUACCUGCCUGGUAAAACACUUGAGGAGAUUGAGCAACAUGAGGAAUGGCAUCAUGAGCUGAUUUAUCUACAAGACAAAAAAAGAGAUGCUAUUCAGCGAUGGAAGGCCAGCAAAUAUCAGGAAAGUCAGAUGGGGAUACAGAGUCAGGAGAAGUCAGAAAGAAGGGAGAAGGAGGCCAAAACUCUGGUUCAAAGGCAGAGAAUUGAGGAGGAAAAGAGGGAGAGGGCACAUCGACUGGAUGAGUGGAGAGAAAAGAAGCGAAGGAAAGAUAAGGAAGAAGAGGAGCAAAGAGUGGCAGAUGAGAUCAUGAAGAGGAGACUUGCAAAGGUGAGUACAGUUGAUACUUGUGAAUGGCAAUUUAAAUAUUUAAUAAAUUAUAUUAUUCCUUUAAUUUUCUAUCAGGAGGAGUGUCGCCGACAGGUGGAAGUGAAGCUGAUCAUUGAGCAGCAGCUAAGGCUGAAGAGAGAGGAGGAGGCAGAACAGGAGAGUUGGAGGAGAGAGGAGGAACAGAGGGAGAUGGAUAAGAGGAGGAGGGAGGCAACAAAGGGGAUUAAACUCUUGACAGAAAGGGACAUUCACAAGGUGGGAGCAAAGCUCCAUGAGAAACAGCUGAGGGAAAAAGAGGAGGAAGAAAAACAAAAGAGAAUCACUGCCAAGCUGAAGGAGAAGGUUGAAGGACACAUUAGCAAAGACCCCUCCAGACUUACUAGACCCACCAAAGGAUGGGAGGAGAGAAUGAAGAAUGUUGGACCCUCAGGAGGAGGACCUUCUCUUCAGAUAUUUCACAGGUCUCAGUGGAUUCACUAUAAUAGUCAGAGAUUCAAGAUCAUAACAACAAAUAUAUUUCAGGGCCUGAUGAACUCCUAAAAUUUGUUUUCAUUUAUUGCAGAGCUGUUCCCACGUGGAGACAAGCCCUCUGAAGGACAGGAGUCUGUUGUAAUACUUUUUUUGUAACUUUGUAACUAUGUUUUAUAGAUGAUCUGUAAUGAGGAAACAUUGUGUUGCUUCAAUGUAGUGUUGUAAAUAGAAUUCAUAGUUAGUUACCAAAGUGUGUUAAACCAAAGUGUGGUGAACCAUAAACUGUUAUCUAUCUAAGUGUGGUAAAUAAUGGUCUGCUGGACAGGAGUAGGUACCCCUAAAAAGAUUUUUACUAUGC